CGCAGUCGGGGGCUCGGGGCGUCGGCUGCAGAGUAUCUGCGCACUUGGAAGCUCGCGUUGACCAGCAGCAAGUUUGCUCGACGGAUCCGCUAAUCAUCACCGGUGAGCUCAGCGCGGACGAUCUCGCACAAGCCGCGGACACGGUGUGUGCGCCUGGCAUGGCGCGCCUGCGGCUACCGUGGCUUAUCGUGGCCCUGUGCGCCGCCGUCUCGUGCCGAUGGCAGUCUUCGCGCAAGCACCCGACGGGAAGCGGCUGCGGGUUUCAGAGCUGCCCCGAGAUGUCCCGUGACUACCUGAACGUGCACAUCAUCUGCCACAGCCACUUGGACGCCGGCUGGUUGGAUACCGUCGGCAAUCUUUUCACAUCUAGUGUGCAGCACAUCUACACGUCCGUGCGGGACAGCCUGAUGAAGUACCCGCAGCGCAGGUUCGUCAGCGCCGAGAACGUCUUCUUCAGCCGGUGGAUGACGCUGCAGAAGGCGCACCAGGCCAAGGAGUCCGUGCACGAGCUCGUUCGGGCAGGCAGGCUUCAGUUCGUGGGCGGCGGUUGGACGCAAAACGACGAAGCGGUCACCCACUACACGGCCAUCGUGGACCAGAUGACGAUGGGACUGCGCUACCUGAACGACACGUUCGGCGAGUGCGGGGGCGUCAAGGUGGGCUGGCAGAUCGACCCCUUCGGUCACUCCAAGGGAUUCGCCACGCUGCUCGCCGAGAUGGGCUACGACUGUCUGGUGGUGAGCAGGGUACACCAUGCGCUGUUAAAACAUUGGCGGGACACCAAGAGGCUCGAGUUUGUCUGGAAGCCCCAGGCAGAGCUCGGCUCGAGUCACGACAUGUUCACCAUUCUAAUGUACAGUGGCACCUACAUCGCACCGUCAGAGUUCUGCGUGCAGGACUACUACUGCUCCGUGUACGACAGCCAGUCUGGCGUGGCUCGGAUGGCGGAAGAUGUACUUAAGCUGGUCUUCAAACAGGUAAGGAAAAAAAGAAAUUCCCACGACGGUUGCAGCCGAGCGGCCAGUGUCGAAGGCGUCCACUGCGAUCCAUCGCGCUUAAUCGAGAGCACUCGCAGUGACCGCAAGGAGGCACCCGCGAGACGUGUUGAGAGGAACGCGGGUUCGUACUCCCGGAAACGGAUAUCCAGCGCGCCGAGAGUGCAUCGUCGGAAGUCCUCUCUGCGGGUGCAGUGUGAGAAACCGAAACAAGUGAAAUUCCCUCGUGGGCAUAUUAGGCUGUUGAGGCUGCAUAUAAAAAUUGUGUACGCGAAAGUGCUAAGGCCGCUGAGGUACGAGACAUUGGGCCAAAUGCCAUGUAGCCGCACUCAGAUCACCCUGCUUUAUGCGCAGAGCGCUGCAUUUGCCACCAACAACGUUGCCAUCUACAUCGGCGGCGACUUGGCCUUCCAGAACGCGGAGCGCUGGUUCAACCAGGUGGACGCCAGCAUCAAGGCAGUCAACGACGUGGCCCGCAGGAAGGGCCACCGCGUGCGCGCCGCGUACUCGACGCCGCUGUGUUACCUGGGGGCGCUGCACGCGUCCAACCGGUCGUGGCCCGUGCACCGUGGGGACCUGCUUCCCUACGCCGACAUCGCGGGCCGCACGUGGGUCGGCUACUACUCGAGUCGGCCGAACCUCAAGGAGUACGCCCGCUACGCCAACGGCUUCCUCCAGGCGUGCAAGCAACUGGCUGUGCUAGGUGGAAUGAAGGACGUAUCCCUGACGAUGAGGCUCAAGGACGCCGUGGCCAUUUUGCAGCACCAUGAUGCCAUCACGGGAACCUCCAAGGCGGCCGUGGCGAGCGACUACAGCAGGCUGCUGUCCGCCGGCAUCGCCAAGUGCGAGACGGCGAUGAGCCGCGCCAUGAACCAGCUGAUGGACCCGAGCGGGGCGGCGGGCGACCUGCCGUGGCGCUUCUGCCACGCGCUGAACGUGAGCGAGUGCGGCCACUCGGAGAAGCUCGACCUGGCCGAGACGGACGGCGAGUUCACGCUGCUGCUGUACAACCCGUCGUCCACGGCCCUGAGCACGUACGCCAGGCUGCCCGUGGCCGCCGGCCUCACCUUCACCGUCCAAGGCCCGCAAGGGGACGAGGUGGACACGCAGGCGGUGCCCCUCAUCAUGACCCUGCUGAACAUCCCCGAGCGCAGCAGCGCCGCCAGGACCGAGCUCGCCUUUCCCGUGCAGCUGCCGCCGCUGGGAUACGCGGCGUACCGCAUCGCUGCGCAAAAGAGCAGCGAAACUGGAACCGCGAUGGCCAUGUGGCACCGCACCAAAAACAGAAGCGUAGCUUUACGCCAUGAGAGGGAGCGUGGUGCUUGCUCACACAGCCUUGCAAAGACGUGCCGGCAAAUGUUUCGCCCUGUAUCGUGCCACUUGAGCACGUGUGAGAUAAAUGUGCCGCAGAGUCACGUGAGCACGUUAAUUCGAUGCACCGUGACGAAGUUGCCGCGUGCACUUUCAGAGAAAGAGGAGAUGCAUUUCGCUUCGGCAUCGCUAGAAUUUCUGCUGCUGGAGCCCGAGCAGCGGUUCAUCGAGAACGAGCGCUACCGCAUCGAGCUGGACACGACGAGCGGGCUGGUGCGACGCGUCACGCUGCUGGGCCAGGAGAGCGGCGUGUCGCUGCGCCAGUCGUUCUACGCCUACGCGGUGGACGGCACGCGGAGGCAGACGGUGGCCACGGCGGGCGGCGCGUACACCUUCGACCCGGACACCAACCGGCCCGCGGACCUGGGGAACAAGGUCACCUACCGAGUGGUGCAGGGGCCACACGUGACGGAGGUGCAUCAGAUCUUCGAUCAAUGGCUGUCGCAGGUUAUCCGCCUCUACAAGAACAGCCAAUUCAUCGAGUUCGAGUGGAUUAUCGGACCACUACCGACAGGGGCGAGCACGGACGUGACGACACGCUACGAGACGUCUCUGGACAACGACGGCGUCUUCUUCACCGACUCCAACGGAAUGUUCACCGUCGUGCGAAGAGUGAACGACUCUUUGGAUCCCGCGUCGGUGGCUUCCAGCUACUACCCGGUCGUCUCGUGGAUUUACAUAAAGAACCACGCCGAGGAGCUGCAGAUGACGGUCAUCCCGGACCGUCCUCAAGGUGGCACCAGCUUCGUCCAGGGCACCAUUGAACUCAUGCUGCACAGGCGGUACUUCAUAGACGACGCGCUGGGCGUCGAAGAGCCGCUGAACGAUCGCGGGGUCAACGACGACGGCAUCAUCGUCAAGGGACGACACAGGCUGCACCUGGGAACGCCCAAGGAGGCAGCUGACCUGAUGCGAAGAGCAGCCCUGCAGGAAGUGUAUCGGCCCGUCUACAUGUUCUACCCUUCGCCGCUGCCGGCUAACGCCAGAAAACAGCACUCGGAGCUGCGCGUUCCCCUGCCCCCUGGUGGACACUUGAUGACCCUGGAAGGCACCCAGGACAACCGGACUCUGAUACGCAUCGAGAACAUCGGCCGGGACCUCACCAUCAAUGUGUCCGUCACGCAUCUGCUCCACUCGUUCCUGCUGCUGGACGGCCGCGAGACGGCGCUGCCGGCGCACCGGUACCGCAGCGAAGUGCAGCGGCGUCCGUGGCCGCAGGCGGGAGGGGAGCACGCGGCGACCCCGGACGAGUCCGCGUACCGCAUGCAGCAGGUGCACGGCAACUUGCUGGUCAGCCUGCAGCCGGGACAGAUUCGCACGUUCCUGACGACGCUCAAGGCGUUCAGCGUGCCGUCCGCCUCCCGGGCGGGCCACUGACGUUUCGCCAACGUCGCCGGUGACGUAGAGCGAGCGUUCUACCAUGCACGCGAGCUGUCCGGAAAAUCUGGUCAUUUGCAAAGACCAGGGCACGUGUCGGCAAUGCAGAUGUCAUCGCGGCAAUAUUUGGUCACGCGUAGAUUUCGUUAAAGAGCGCCUUCGGUUAUAAUUUCUGUUCCACAGACGACAAGACAGCUGGUAGUCGCCCAAUUACAGUCCGGUCAGUGCACCAGUUUUUGAAGCACCAUUGGCGGCAUAGGGUGUUUCAGUAAUUAUGGCCGUGAUGAACCUCAGAAGCCCUUCCCGCUCAUCGUCCUCGGAUUACUCUGUGCAGAUUUAGGUGACGCGUAUGCGCGCGAGAGUCAGACAGCUGGAACCAAUGUGGAGGGGAACCAGCGCGUGUACACGCCAACGGGUCAGCCGUGGUGCACUUUGCAGGAGGCACGUUUAUCCAUGCGGGAACCAGCCACGAAUUACGAUGGACUGCACAUACUUGCGUCGAAGUUACGUAACCUUAUUCGAAGGCGCUGCAGGCUGAAGAUAAAUAAAGAAGUCGUCGUGUAUACAGCGAUACCUCAUGCGUUUUCUGUGAGUCUUCGUUACUGCAGAGACGAUUUUAUUUAGUGUACAUACAGUCAGUCAUAUGUCGCACUCCUUUCAUAAAAAUAAUUUAAUCACCGGCUCGAAGCACGUGCAGACGUUAUAAUUAUUAGCGCUGUUACGAGGUCGAACAUUGUAGUGUUUCCAGCAAAGUGAUCGUGCGUAUGGAACACUGCGCAGACGGAAGUGAAAUGCGGUCACAUGGUGUGAGCAGAGGGCUUUAUGCACCCGUGUCCCUGUUUUUUUCUUUUCCUUGCCUUUAAUUGUAUCUCUCGCUCUUGGCACUGCUGGAUGUAACUGGCAGCCCCCUCCGAAGUGUUACGGGGGGGCAUGGGAAACGAGAGUGUCAUUAGCAGAGUUCUGUUACCCAUCUGAUUUGAGGUUUCUUGCCUCUCGCUUUUCACUUAGAAUUUCAGUGUGGCUAAAACCUUAUUGCACCAUUGUUGGCGCAGACGUGCACGGUCUCUAAUUCAUACUAAUUCAUACAUAGAAGAGUAAGGCUAUUUUUCGUGGUAGUUGCACUGAAUGUUCGAUGAUAGUUCGACAGUAUGAAACGUGCUGAAUGACCUUGAACUACUUCGAGCUUAUUAAGUGUUAACCAGUCGGGAUCCCAAAAGGUUGAAGCAUAUUCAGGCACAGGACGGACGUAAGUAAUAUAUAACUGUUUCUUUAAUGGCGAUGGUGCAAGGGUAGGUUUCGUUUUAGGCAACCGAACAUACGAUUGGAUUUGGACGUUACGUGGUCGACGUGAUAAGUCCAUUGUAAAUAGUAUUGUGUACACCAAUAUACUUAUGACCGUAAAGAUUGAAUCGGGAUUGCAUUCAAAGAAUACAAGUGGUUAGGGAAAGGUGUGAAAACAAAUUAAACACUUCAUGGAUAUAAACUUAAAAAGAGCUCUACAACCAUCUAAGAACCUCUACUUUUAAAAAAAUUCAGCGGCGAUUUAGCGGUACAUGCGACAGAAAUGCGUUAGCAUUACGUAUGAAACGGUGUUUGUGUUUCACCAUAAAACAUUGUGGAAGGAUGAAGUUGUGAACAUAAAUCGUGCACGGUAUUACACGUUGUAUGGGAUGGAAAUAAACACAAUUGUACAUUGGCCAUAUGCGCCGACUA